CUUUUUUCUGCGAAAUGUUAGUAAGUUAACCAAAACAGAGUAUUUGAAAUUACGGACUAUGGGCAAAAAGGAGAGAUCUAAAAAGCAAAGGAAACCAUCACAAAGAGAAGAAACGGAGAAUGGCUCGUUUUCUGCUUUAAAAAAGAGAAACUCUCUGCAAACUGACAAAGUUAAGAAGACCCCUAAAAAAUCCACGAAUUUUCGAUAUGUCGCUCCAUUUGAGCGUAACCAUCGGCUCUUAUUAAUUGGAGAAGGAAAUUUCUCAUUUGCAGCUUCUUUACAGAAGCAUCAUUUAGACGAUGAAGCAGUUUUAAUAGCUACCUGUUACGACACUAAAGCAGACGUAGAACUGAAGUAUCCUGACGCUUCAGAGUACAUUGAACAAAUUUUACAAAACGGAGGUGAAAUUCUAUACGAUGUAGAUGCUACUAAGCUGAAGCAAAAUAAAAAGUUUAGAAAUCAAAAGUUUGAUACAAUCCUAUGGAAUUUCCCACACUCAGGAAAGGGUAUAAAGGAUCAGGAUCGGAAUAUUUUAGAUAAUCAAAAAAUGCUAUUAGAGUUUUUCAAACAAUCAAAAGAAUUUCUUUCGGAAAAAGGAGUGAUUGUCAUUACUCUUGCGGAAACGAAACCAUACAAUUUGUGGAAUCUGAAAGGAUUAGCCAAAGAGGCAGGUUUCGUUAGUUUAAUGACUGAAGGAUUUGAUUCCUCUUUUUAUCCUGAAUACUCUCAUCGACGUACAAUCGGUUGGAAACAGGGAAUUAGCGAAAAAUCAAAUUGGAAAGGUGAACUGCGAGAUUCUCGACAUUACUGUUUCGUUCUCCCAGGAAGCAACGUUGUUCCUUAUAAUCAAAGAAAAACCUUUAAAGAGAAAAGUGAUUCAGUAGAUAGUUCCGAUGAUUCUAUAGACUAAAAGUUCCCUAGCAUUCACAUCAUUUACUUAUUACGAUUUCUUACAUAUCACCUUCUCUCCACUUACAG